GACAAAACCGUAGGCAUGCAGCACAAAUUGUACGAGACAUCCAGAGAGGAAGCAGGGAAUCACUGUGGCCGUAACCGAACCAUUGAACUUAAAGGACUUCAUCGGAACCGGACAACAAUGGAGACAGAGAAGAAGACCCAGACAACAACAGACCAUAUGACUGACAGAGAUCUGUCUGAACAAAUAAAAAAGGUGACAAAGGAGAGUCACGUCAGGGCAGAAAACACAGAGCUGAUGCUGAGCUUUCAGAGGGGUCAGGUCAGCUUACAGCAAUACAAGCUGCUCCUGUGUUCGCUGUAUGAAAUCUACCAGGCCUUGGAGGAGGAGCUGGACAGAAACUCAGACCACCCUGGAGUUGCACCCAUUUACUUCCCUGCAGAACUGGCCAGACUGGAGUCCAUUGAGAAGGACCUGGAAUACUUCUAUGGCCUCAACUGGAGAGAGAAGAUCGUUGUCCCGGCAGCAACAAAAAGAUACAGCCACAGACUCAGACAGAUUGGUAAAGAAAACCCUGAAUUUUUGGUUGCCCAUGCUUAUACCCGGUACCUUGGUGACCUGUCUGGGGGGCAGGUCCUCGGACGAAUUGCCCAGAAGUCCAUGGGGCUGAAGGGCAGUGAAGGCCUGUCAUUCUUUGCCUUUCCUGGAGUCUCCAGUCCCAAUCUGUUCAAACAGCUCUAUCGCAGUCGAAUGAACAGUGUGGAGCUGACGGAGGAGCAGAGGAACGGCGUUCUGGAGGAGGCUGUCAGAGCGUUUGAGUUGAACAUCCAGGUCUUUGAUGACUUACAGAAAAUGCUGAGUGUAACUGAAAACAAGCAGCAGAGUUGUUUGGCACACUCCAGAUCGGUAAACAGUAAAACACUUCAGAUCCCAGGAACACUUAUCAGUGCCUCCCCACUGCUCAGGAUGGUCCUGGGAGUUUUUGUAGCUCUGGCCACUGUCAGUAUGGGUAUAUAUGCAUUUUAGAUUUUAGACAUGUACGUGUAGAUAUGGUUUGCUCUGAUGCUUUUAAAGUUUAAAAGCCUUUUUUGUACUACAGACAUUUGAAAAAUCUCAAGUUUCAUUUCUGUAACAUCAUAACUGUAAGUAUCAUUAAAAACUGUAUAUUUUUGUAAAUUCUCACCUUUAUGAAUUUGUGUACAUUAGUAUGUGUGUAAUGACGUCUUGUAAGACAAUAUCCUCUGUGAUACAGUUAGACGGUGUACAAUAAAAUGUGCAAUAUGUAUGAUUCUAAUGCUGUAAAAGUGUUUAUUUUUCAAUGAAAUGUUGUAAAAGUGUUUAUUUUUCAAUAAAAUGUUUUCUAUGUCA